GUCCGGCAGUCUUCUGGGACCUGCCACGUCCGCAGUUUCUGGUCAUCCUCUGUACUGUGUCCGCAGUCUCUGGUCAUCUGUAGUAUGUCCGCAGUCUCUGGUCAUCCCUGUACUAUGUCCGCAGUCUCUGGUCAUCUCAUGUACUGUGUCCCCAGUCUCUGGUCAUCUCCUGUACUGUGUCCCCAGUCUCUGGUCAUCUCCUGUACUGUGUCCCCAGUCUCUGGUCAUCUCCUGUACUGUGUCCGCAGUCUAUGGUCAUCUCCUGUACUGUGUCCGCAGUCUAUGGUCAUCUCCUGUAGUAUGUCCACAGUCUCUGGUCAUCUCCUGUACUGUGUCCGCAGUCUCUGAUCAUCUCCUGUACUGUGUCCGCAGUCUCUGGUCAUCUCCUGUAGUGUGUCCGCAGUCUCUGGUCAUCUCCUGUACUUUGUCCGCAGUCUCUGGUCAUCUCCU